UCUAACGUCUCUUCCUCGCUCACGUGCACAUCACGUGCCAAACCAACGUCAUUUCUGUUAUUUUCUCCAAACAUCCUUCUCCCAGAUGGACAGCCAAAAGCUAGCAUUCUUACUACAGGCAUGCAUCAAUUCAAAAUCCUUAAAACAAGGCAAGCUACUACACCAGAAGAUAAUCUCUCAAGGCCUUCAAAACAACAUCUCCCUCUGCAAAAAUCUCAUGACCCUCUACAUCUCUUCCCAUUCAUUUGAAUCUGCACGGCUAGUUUUUCAAACCAUUCAAAACCCAUUAGACAUCUCCCUCUGGAAUGGCCUUUUGGCUGCCUACUCCAAGAACCACAUGUACAGAGAAGCCCUUCAGCUCUUUGAGAAAUUGCAACUCUUCUCUCAGCUAAAACCUGAUAAUUACACCUACCCAAGUGUCAUAAAGACCUUAGGAGCCUUGCGUGGUAUUGAAUAUGGGAAGAAGAUCCAUGCCCAUGUGAUCAAAUCCGGUUUCGGGUCUGACAUUGUCAUCGCAAGCUCUCUCGUUGGCAUGUAUGCAAAAUGUAAUGUAUUCGAGUCAGCAGUUUGGUUGUUUAACGAAAUGCCUGAAAGAGAUGUUGCGUGUUGGAAUACGGUGAUUUCGUGCUACUACCAAGAUGGGCAGUGUGAGAAGGCUUUGGAGUUGUAUGGGAAGAUGAGGAGUAGUGGGUUUGAACCUGAUUCGGUGACGUUUACUACUGUUUUCUCUGCGUGUGCACGGCUUUCAGCUUUGGGAAUGGGGAAGGAGCUCCAUGAGGAGCUGAUGAGAAGUGGGGUGGAAUUGGAUGGGUUUGUUAGCUCUGCUAUUGUAGACAUGUAUGGUAAAUGUGGGUGUUUGGAGAUGGCAAGAGAGGUGUUCGAGCAGAUUCCUAGAAAGAGUGUGGUGUGUUGGAAUUCAAUGAUUGGGGCAUAUGCUAUGAAUGGUGAUAGUAGUUCAUGUCUAGAGCUUUUCGCGAGGAUGGAGACUGAAGGAGUGAGACCCACUUCGACUACUUUGAGUACCUUGUUAAUGGCUUCCUCUAGAUCAGCUGAUCUACGACAGGGGAAGUUCAUCCAUGGAUAUAUAAUAAGAAACGGGAUCAAAGCUGAUAUUUACAUCAACAGUUCACUCAUUGAUCUUUAUUUCAAAUGUGGGAUUGUUGGAUCAGCUAAUGUCGUCUUCGAGAAGACGGCAAAGGCGAAUGUGGUGUUGUGGAAUGUGAUGAUUUCGGGGUAUGUAACGGUAGGCAGUUAUUUUGAGGCUCUUCAGAUUUUUGAGGAGAUGAGAGCUGCCAGUGUGAAGCCAGAUGCCGUUACUUUCACUAGUGUUUUACAAGCUUGUUCACAACUGGCAGUGAUAGAAAGAGGUAGGGAAAUCCAUUACUACAUUGUUGAGAACAAGCUCGAAACCAAUGAAAUUGUCAUGUGUGCUCUUCUGGACAUGUAUGCGAAAUGCGGUGCUGUAGAUGAUGCAUGUCGAGUUUUCGAUAGAUUACCAGUCAGAGACAUUGUGUCAUGGACGUCUAUGAUCACGGCUUAUGGGUCACACGGCCAAGCUUUUGAAGCUUUGGAGCUUUUCCAUAAAAUGCAGCAAACGGAAGUGAAACCAGACCGGGUGACUUUCCUUGCAGUGAUAUCAGCAUGUAGCCAUGCAGGGCUGGUUGAUGAAGGUUGCUAUUAUUUCAAUGAAAUGACUGAAGGGUACGGGAUUAAACCCACAAUGGAACACUAUUCGUGCUUAAUCGAUCUUCUUGGACGGGCUGGAAGAUUGCAUGAAGCUUAUAGCAUCCUACAAAACGCACCAGCGAUAGGGACAGAUGUUGGGUUGCUAGGAGGGCUACUUUCUGCAUGUAAUCUCCAUAGAAAUUUAGAGUUGGGAGAGGAAGUUGCAAGGCUUCUUAUUGAAAAGGAUCCUGGCGACCCAUCUGCUUAUAUAAGUCUAUCAAAUAUGUAUGCUUCUGUCAGAAGAUGGGACAACGUGGGUCGGGUGAGAACAAUGAUGAAAGAGAGGGGAUUGAAGAAGAACCCUGGGUGUAGCUGGAUUGAGGUUGACAAGAGAAUCCACUCGUUCUUCGUCAAAGAUAAAUCACAUCCGCAGGCAGAGAUGAUUUAUGAAAGUCUAGAGAGCCUCUUCAUGCCCAUGGAGGAGGAUGAAUCUUUCGUAGGGAUCACAGAUUGAAAAUAGACUAAAUACAUCAAAGGGAAACCUAAAGACAGCUAUUUGCAGGAAUGUCUCUAACCUUUCUCACGGGUAUUGAAUUGUCAGAAGCAGGUGAACUCCAUUUUUGAAGAAUUCACAAAACGGCGAAACGUGAGAAAUUAAUUGUUCCUGUGUCAGAACCAAAGCAGGGGAGUCUCUCGAAGAUGAACCUACACUAAGAGAUAGAGACUGAAUGACAGCUAGCUGCAAGUCUGCUAGACUUGCUGAAGUGGUAAAUCCCGCUAAGACAACGAAGAGAGAGCUGAAAAAUCUUCUGAGCUGAAAAAGCAGGGGAGUCUCUCGAAGACUUGAACCUACACCAGGAGAAAACCACGAGAAUGAGGCUGAAUGACAGCUAGCUGCAAGUCUGUAGACUUGCCUAAGUGGGAAAUCCCGCUAAAAAAUACAACGAAGAGAGCUGAAAAAUAUUCUCUGCUCGGUGAAUUCAAAUGAACAUAGUGUUAUCAUCUACAGUUGACCUUCUCUUUCGGUAAAGUUGUUAUUUAUCAGAAUAAAUUACAAUAGAUGUAAAAUGCACUCCAUAAAUUGUUCUGAAUCUUCUGAUUUUGGUCUGA